GAAUGUCAAAUCGUGAAGAAGAAGCAUUCUAACCUUACGGCAUUGAUUUUCGCCAGCGUAUUUUCCAAAGAAGAUUGUGAAAAUGUUCCAAAACAGCGCUGCCCGCCUCCUGGUCCCCGCUAUCCGUAGCGCCAUGCAGAGCCGUUGCCAGUCGGUCGUUUCCGGACCCCCGACCCAGCACGUCUCCACCGCCGAGAAGGUGAUCCUGGGCGGCGGCAUGUGCGCUGCGUCCCUGUUCAUUCCCGCAUGGGUGCUCUACCACAUCCGGGACUACAAGGGCGACAAGUAAUCUGGAUCCGUAACCCCACAUAUGUAGUUAAUACACCUGCAAAGUAAAGAGUGUCGAUACAAGAAUAGAGGCCCUAAAAAAGGGAAAUAAACUAUAAUGCAUUGAGCCACAAA